UUUUUCGAUUAAGGUGCCUGUGCUGCGGAUCGAUUAGUUCGCCUAGUCUCGGUGGUGUUAUGACUGAACCAGCUUCUGUUUGGAGCGACGUUUCGUGAGUCCUAAUUGAAUAUUGCAUGUAAAAUUUGAAGUGAAAUCGUGCGUAGGUGUGUAGUGAGAGGCUCAGACUUUCCUCCACCAUGCUGGCUCUGUCCAGAUGUUCGCCAGCUUUGAGUUGGAGGCUUCCUCCGUGUUGCUCGGCUCUCCUUCUGGCGAGCUCUUCCAUCACAGCCGGCCCCCAGUUUCUAACAAGCCAGAUCUCUCAGUUUCACCAAAGCAAAGCCAGAGCAAGUCCAGAUCCAAACAAGAUCACAUCAGUGUCUGGUCUGGAGAGCGAGCUGCUGGAAAUGGGGAUGUGGUCCCUGGGUAUCGGAGCUGUCGGAGCUGCUCUGGCUGGGAUAUUCCUGGCCAACACAGACAUGUGUCUUCCUAAAGGUGAAAACGCAACACUGGAACACCUGGAAGAUGCUGAUCUGCGUUCCACAACAGAUGAUUCGAAGGUCAUUAAAGCAAAGAGCCUGUGGGAGGAGAAUGGAGCUGUGGUCAUGGCCGUACGGCGGCCUGGAUGAUUUUUGUGCAGAGAGGAGGCCUCUGAGCUGUCCUCUCUGAAGCCCCAGCUGGAAGAGCUCGGGGUCCCUUUGGUCGCUGUGGUGAAAGAGAAUGUGGGCACAGAGAUCCAGGACCUCAGACCGCACUUCGCUGGGGACAUCUAUAUAGAUGAGAAGAAACAUUUCUAUGGACCACUCCAGAGAAAGAUGGGAGGGUUAGGCUUUGUCCGCCUCGGGGUGUGGCAGAACUUCAUGCGGGCCUGGAGGUCCGGUUACCAGGGUAACAUGAACGGAGAGGGCUUCAUCCUGGGAGGAGUGUUUGUCAUCGGAGCAGGAGAUCAGGGAAUCCUCCUGGAGCACAAAGAGAAGCAGUUUGGCGAUAAGGUGGACACCGCAGACGUCCUGAAGGCAGCCCAGAAAAUUGUACCGAUGAAAUAGUUUAUCAUUAGAUAAAGAGCAAGAAUACUGGUUUAGAUCAAAGCUACAAUGAACAAAUCAUUUUAACUCAAGUUUUGGUCAAUAAAUGUUUGCAUUGACUAAUAUUAAAUAAAGUAAUAUUAAAUAAUAUUAAUGACAUUAAUACAAUAUACCUCUGUCGUUUGCACAAUGAUUUGCAGAAUGAAUGUUUAUUACAAAUUGAUGCUGUAGUUGUUGAUUAUUUAUCAGACUUAACUCAUUAAGGGACUUUGUUUCAGGUACAUUAAGAUUCAGGUUCAACAAUAGUAAAUACUUAACACUUGAAAAAGAUCCAAACCGCUUAUUCAAUUUAGAGCUUGACGUCAUAUUUGAGUGUAAUUCUAAUUCCUCUGUCCAUCAUAUGUAUCUGUUCUUUUGUUA